AAAUGUUUCCAGCAUGUUUACAUCUAGAAAUCUUGUUAUGACCCUGCACAACGUACAUUAUUGCCUGAGCUUAUUCCUAGUUUCAAUACCCUUUUCCCACCUAAAACAUCAUACAAAUAUCGUUCUAAGCUUUGAUAUUCAUUACCGCUAAAAAUUUAAACCUAGGCUUAAGUAUUUGACAGUUAUUUUUGGCUACUAGUGGAUGCUUUGAUGGUUCUUCUUACUUGCAUUUUUCCAUUCUAAUUUCAUUCUGACUUAAAUAUUCUCAAUUAAAGAUUGUUUUACAAUUGUAAAUACCGGUUUUCCAUGUCGGCAUAACCUUAAAACUUGCAUUUUUUAUACAAAGAUUUGUUUUAAUAAUUUCCAUUCAGGAUCUCAUCCGAUGGUUUCGAGGGCCCGUCGUCUUCUUUGUCGACUAGUAAAAAAUGGUUCCAUUCUUCAUCUGUUGCUUUAUUUUAGAACAAAGCUGGCUAUUUGAUCUAAGCCAAGGCUUCCUACAUGUUGAAAGUUUUGAAAUAUUUUACUUUUUAGUCAUGUAUCAUCAAGCAUCCAGUUCCAUCUAUGCAUUUCUACUUCCAUUUUCAUUUUGAAUCAAAUUUUAGUUCAGGCAAAUCAAUGACUGUAUAAAUUACUCUAUGCCAUUUAUUCUUAUGUACGCUUAUUUCCAUCGUCCCAAUAUUUUUGUUCCACUAGCAUUUCACUUUCAUUCAUUAUUUGUGAAAAACAAUUUCUCCGUCAUUAAAUUAUGUAUAAAGCAGGCAUUUUAUUUCUAGACGCAAAUAAAGCGACCAAUGCAGACAGUCUUUUUGUGAAUACAUGCCCGUGAAUAGUGAAUUUCAACUCCACUUAAAUGUAACUUUUCAAUUUUGUUUUCCAUGUAUGACAGUGAUGCCAAGACAUAAGCUCAUGAUUUCAAUUUAAUGAGAUUCUCAAAUCGUGUCCAUAACUGGGUAGAUUCUUUCAAAUCUUAUAAAAAAUGAGUUCAAAGCAACAAAAUAUUCACUGGCAAUGAAUGAAAUGAAUAAAAUUCUAACGUUUUAUCAAAAAGAAUAGCCUUCCAUAAACAUAUAAGAAGAGAGCAGUAAAUGUUUCCAUGUUUAAAAUAUUGGAUAAUCACGUAACAACUGUGAUUACAACUGCAUAAUUUAACAGAUGUCAAGUGGAAUGGCAUUAGGAUGAAAUAAAUGUAAAUACUCAAUCACACGAUUGCACUUCAUGUUCAAUCUUUGCGUAAUACAAACGCAUCUGGUUUCGGGAAUACAGAAAUAGCGUUGUCAAAACUCAUAACUACUGUACAUGAAAUUAUAUUAUUAUUUGUAUAAUAGCGCUGAUAGUUUUUUUGUUUUAAUCUGUAUGCACGCUUUUUGUCCAACCUGUUAAUUGUAAUUUUUCUACCGCACCCUGGCAAAAAGUUUCCUUUCUCUGUAACUUAACUACAAAUCUCAGUAAAGUUGAAAGAAUUUACUUCUCCAUGCACAGUCAAUAAUAUCUAAAUAAAGUGUUACAAAAAAAGAAAAUUUCUCAAACUUGUCAAUCAUGAUUUUGGUGUUAGUGGUAGAAUGUUAUUUUACAAAAUAGAUACUUAUCACUUCUUUCUGUACCAACAUGUAGGAGUUAAGAUGAGAGAAAUAAAAGGUGAAAUAGACAGGUGCCUUAAAAAAGUGACGGAGGGCGUGGAGACGUUUGAGGACAUUUGGCAAAAGGUCCACAAUGCCACUAAUAGCAACCAGAAGGAAAAGUAUGAAGCUGAUCUCAAGAAAGAGAUCAAAAAGCUCCAAAGGUUACGUGACCAAAUUAAGAGCUGGAUCGCAUCUGGAGAGAUUAAGGACAAAAGUACCCUUCUUGAUUAUCGGAAGCUAAUCGAAACUCAAAUGGAAAGGUUCAAAGUUGUAGAACGAGAAACAAAGACAAAAGCUUAUUCCAAGGAAGGCCUAGGAGCCGCCCAAAAGCUUGAUCCAGCCCAAAAAGAAAGGGAAGAAAUCAGUAAUUGGCUUACAAAUUCCAUAGAUGUGCUGAACUGUCAGAUGGAUAAAUUUGAGUCUGAAAUAGAGUCAUUGCUUGCCGGAAAGAAAAAAAAACUAGACAAAGAUAAGCAGGAUAGAAUGGAUGAACUAAAAACAAAGCUUGACAAGCACCGAUACCACAUUCGCAAGCUGGAGACAUUGUUGCGCAUGUUGGAUAAUAUGUCUGUCGAAGUUGAUACGAUCAAGAGGAUAAAGGAUGAUGUCGAAUAUUAUAUCGAAUCUUCGCAAGAGCCAGACUUUGAGGAGAAUGAAUACAUUUAUGAUGACAUUAUUGGACUAGAUGAAGUCGAGUUAUCUGGUGUUGGUAUACCUUCGUCGGCAACGACGGAUAGCAACAACAGUAAUGAGAUGGGAGGAACUCCAACAUCAACAAAUUCAGGAACCUCACCCAUACCAUCUCCUCCUCUUAGUUCUACCAUGCACAAUCAUUCGAGUGAUAGUUCUACAGAUACUGAUAAAAAAACGAAGCCUGUGAAACCAACAGCGGUAAGACCGUUGUUAAAUUCCCAAGGAAGUAUUCCAACGACAGGAAGUACCACCAUAUUGAAGACGAAUUUAUUAUCGAGCAGCACGCCUAGCAAACCCAUUCCCAUGACAUCUAGCCAUAGCUCGCCUAGCGCAACAAUAAAUCAUAUUGCGACAUCUAAUGCUGGCAAUUUUGCAACCGUUGCUGCCUCGCACACUAACUCUCAAGUCAUUCAUUCUAUAUCGAGUAAAACAUCAUCACAUAGUAGUGAAAAUGGGCUACUAUCAUCGUCAUCCACAUCAAGCGUCGCAUCAAAUGUGCCCCCGACAAUUUUGCAGCAGCAUAGUAAUCCACAGCCUCUUCAGCCAGUUCAUAUACUCUUGAAUCAACAAAGCCAAAAUCAUAAUAGCGAAGCUGAGAUGACGACGCCGAUCCCAUCAUCGUCCUCUCCACCCUCGCCAGUAAGCAGUCGAUCUUCACCGUUACCUGCCAAUUCCUGUUCGCCUGUACCAUCCGCUGCCAACGGUCUCAUCUCGAAACUUCCUGAUGGCAUGUCCUCGCUAAAAUCCAUUGCACAACAAGUAAUUGUCAGAGCGGGUCUAGAGAUUCCUCCCUCUGAGCCAAGCAGGAACCUGUUCGACAGUACCAAGGCAUCAAAUGCCACCUCGGAAGCACACAUUCCGCCACUACUUGGUGUAGCGCCGUUAGGACCUGUACCUCUUCAGAAAGAGCACCAACUUCAAUUCCAAAUGAUGGAAGCAGCUUACUAUCAUAUGCCUCAUCCUUCAGACUCUGAACGUCUUAGAUCGUAUUUGCCCCGUAAUUUGUGUCCGACGCCACCUUAUUAUCAACAAGUAAUUCUGGUUUAUGUUCAGCUCCCACAUUCUGAUACCGUGGAAUUUUUCCAACGAUUGUCCACAGAGACGUUAUUUUUCAUAUUUUAUUAUAUGGAAGGAUCUAAGGGACAGUACUUGGCAGCUAAGGCUCUCAAAAAGCAGAGCUGGAGGUUCCAUACUAAAUAUAUGAUGUGGUUCCAAAGGCAUGAAGAGCCUAAACUCAUCAACGAAGAAUACGAACAGGGAACUUACAUAUAUUUUGACUAUGAAAAAUGGGGGCAGCGUAAAAAAGAAGGCUUCACUUUUGAGUACAAGUACUUAGAGGACAGGGACCUUAACUAAUCUCAGAUCUGUCGCUCAUGGGGUCUCCGAAAUGCACUAUUUCUGUACCGGUAUUAACAACAACAAAAAACAAAAGAAAAAUUUGAAAGACAGAUUUUAUUUUUUAUGAUUCUAUAUUUUCACAAUAUAUAAUUUUACUUAUUGGUAAAAACGUAUUUCGAAAAACACAAAAAAACAACCAAAAAAAAACAAAAACUAAAGAUAACAAUCUGAACAUGUGCAUAGCAGGCAAUGAAGGCAUUCAUUACAUUAUCACUGCGGUAAAAAUUCCCCUUUAAUAAUACAGAAUGGAGUAAAGAUGUAUGUUUACCGGGGACAGUACACUGUAACUAUAAUAUCAAUGAGAGGCACCAGGGACACACCUUAGCAGUUUUGGUGUGUCGUCUGUGAUCAUAAAGAGGAAGAAGUUAUACUCGCUGGCGACUGACUCGUAAUACCAGUACAAACAUGUGUGCGGCCCACCUGCCCCGUGGCGGUGAGGUGGAGGGCGCUCAUGCUAUGGUAUGUCUUAAUGUUAGAUUAUAAGUAGCCUUUUUGUAUAAAGUAUAUUGAGGUAUAAAACCCUUAAACUGAAUUACUGUACAGAAUGUGUAGAAAUAGUGAAUAAUAAUAUUAUGGAAUAUA